AUGACUGAGUUGGAGCUUGACAGAAAGUGGGACCAGGCAAUAGCGAAUAUGGUUGUGAAGAUAGGUAAUGGCUUUGGAUUAGGACUUAUUUUCUCUCUUACCUUCUUACCUUCUUUUAAAAAAUGAAUGUGGCCAUUAGCCUUUGGUUCUGGCAUGGAAUUAGGAAUGCCCUUUUCCAACUGUCAGCACGAUUUCUAGUCUUCAUAUCUUGUACAUGGAAAAUAUGUCAAAGAGCAGGAGCAGUGA